AUGGUCUCUUCAGUCAACCAAAGCAUUAUAAAGAAGGAGAGAGAGGAUUCUGAUGAUGAAUGCACUUUCCUCUCUUCGAACAAGAAUACAGCAAUGAAGGAUGACUCGAAGCAGGUUAUCGACAUCGAUGAUGAUGGAGAUGACGACGAGAGUAUUUUGGGGCCGUCUACCCAGCCCCAGAAAGGUUCAUUUAAAGACAACCUCACCAUCCUCAAGGAAGAAAGCGACGAGGACAAAAAGAGCCUCAUGAUGAAAGAACUGAAGCCACAGAAGAACGAGGGCAUCACAGCCGAACAGUUCUUUGAUACGAUUGUCGUUGAGCAGGACACUGGUGAUGAGGGCGCAGAUGAUCCCGACGCCGAAAAUGACGAGGGAUCAGAUUACCACGAUUCGGGUGAAUCAGACGACUCAUACGACUCAGACGAUUCGGAGGCUCAACUGAAGAAACUCAAGUCAAAACAAGGUGUCGCUAAAGUCAAGGAGCUUCUCGAAGAAUGUGAAAUGAUGAGAGACGCAUAUUCGUACAAGAUGGAGAAGGGAGAAAAGUUAAGUCUCAAGGAACACCGGCAUCUCGAGAAACUCAAUGCGAGAAUCGCCCAGGCGAAGAAAGGACUUGAUUCACAUACAAGAGGGUCUCGACCAAGGACAGCACGUGAAUACUGGCAGCGCCAGUUGGAACGAGAAACUGAAAAGGAGCAAAGAAAGCGAAAACCAGACAACGAUGAGACAGACCCCAGAAAAGUCCAGAGGACAGAUGCCCAAACUCGGCCUGGAGGUAGCAGUGGAAACCACGAGUUCUUAAGGGCAGCAGAACUAUUUACGUCUAAUGGCAUCCACAAUGAGGAUGCUGAGACUGGUGAACCUGCAAAUGAGAUCAAAGCCACUACCCAUGCCUCCCAGAUGCAGCAAAUAAUGGCCGGUAUGCCUGAAGGGAAUGAUACAAGACACACCAAGACCCAGAGGGACGACCUAAUCGAAGCUAAAAAAUGCUUUGGAUUCAGGAGGGUCACGGCUGAUAACGGUCAAUGGAAACUCAAGGGCAUGAAAACGUCUCUACACAGCCAGCAGCUCGCAGGUGCUUCCUGGAUGACCAUGCGUGAAGCCAUGGAAUUGCAUCCUGCCGGAGGUAUCCUCGCCGAUGAGAUGGGCCUCGGAAAGACCAUCACUACUUUGGCGACAAUCAUUGGCCAUCCACCUGAGCCAGAAGACAUCAAAGAGUAUUGCCGAGCGACUCUUAUAAUUGCCGACAAUUCUCAUUCUGCUCUGAGAACUUGGAUGGAGCAGAUCAACAACCAUGCUUCAGCAAAGUUUGCUGAUAAAUGCGUUAUCUACUCCAAGUCACUUGGGAAACCUUUAGAGUGGUGGAGAAGGAAGAAUGUGGUCAUCACCAAUCUGAACGAAUUGCGUACACAGUUUCUCAGCAAGAGGGAAUACCAAGAACUCAAGGCCAAGUGGACAGGAGAUGAGGCUGGGUUUCUACAAACUCUCGCAAAGUCGAAGAAGGUUGGCUCUCUCUUCAAAGUCAACUGGUAUCGAGUCGUUUUGGACGAGGCUCAUGGAGUCAAGUGCCAAACAUCAGCUGGAACGCUUGCAGUUUGGCAUCUAAAUGCCAAGUACCGGUGGGCGUUGACUGGUACACCCUUGUCGAACAAGUUGGAAGAAUUCUAUCCCUACCUGAAGUUCAUCGGUUGCAGAUUCACGACUACAAUGAGAAGAUUCCGAGCUGUGUAUGUCCGGAGCGAACAGGCAAAGCAAAAUUUCGAGGCUUUGGUCAGUUUGGUGAUGCUAAGACGAAAGCAAACUGAUAAGUUCCUGGGACGCACUAUGGUCCCCCUCCCGAAGAGCCACCGCCAGGAUGUCUGGGUUCCGAUUUCGGGCUGGGAGAAGAUCCAUCUGGAUAUUCUGGAUGGUUCUUACCAAGCCAAGCUUCUUGAUGCUCAAGCUGACAAUCACGAGACUUUAGCAGACGAACAACAGCAGGAUCCCCAGGAAGAUGAAGAUGUCUCUGACAACGAGAGCGAAGCGGAAUUCGAGAAAGAUGGAACGGAAGGAUCUGAGGCGACAAAUCUCUACAGAGUCCAGAACCUCCGAUGCAUGAGGCUGGUACAACUGACCUCUCACCCACUGAACCUCGAAAAGUUCUACCGAGAGGACAAUCGUGAAAAGGAGAUCCGGUUGACGCUCAACCGUUUCAAAUCUGAGAUAACCAAGGCGAGCAUUGUAGAAGAUCAGAAAGCACUGGAGGCAUCGCUCAAGCCAGCUUAUUCUUCAGGGCUCCGUCAGUUAGAGUUGGCGAUCAAGGACAAGUUUGGAGGUGCUCAGGAGAUGGCAGAGCUGCUGAAACUGGCAGCCAACGAGAAAAGGGUUCAGGGCAUUACUUGUCGUCUUUGCCGCAAGAAUUCAAUUCCCGUUAAGCCAGUCCAGAGCACCAAUUGCGAACAUAUCUAUUGCACAGACUGCCUCGUCAUCGCGCUCAGUGGUAGGGGCAAAUCAGGCCGCCCUCUAGCGCCCCCUCAGUGUCGCAAAAAGGGAUGUUCUCACAAACUUGGUCUGGGUGAAGCAAUCAAGACCCCGGCUUGUAUAGACGUGGCCGUGAAAGCUAUCAGGGGUUUCAAGGAACCUGGGCGCGACAGCAUCGGAACAAGAUGGUCUGGAGGUCCAAACGAAAGGGCCUCGUUCUUUCGUGCUGUUUGUGGCCGUGUUGACAUAGGCUAUGGCCCUGUCAAGAUGCCCCUGGGUUUCAAGUUAAAAGCCACUCUAGCAGUAGUGUUGACUUGGAUGCAGGAAGCUCCCGAUGACAAAAUGAUCAUCUAUGUACAGUGGACAAGAACUGCCAAGUCUCUUGGCUGCGUGCUUGAGAGCAUGGGCAUCAAGUUUGUUUACUACAACCGUAUGGCCAACAAGAAACAGAAGGCUCGGGCCUUGGAUGAAUUCACCAACAAUGGUGAAAUCAAGAUUCUGGUAUCCUCUAUGAAGUGCGGUGGGCAGUCAUUCAACCUUCAGAUGGCCAACCGCGUCAUCAUAGUAGACGAAUGGUGGAACAAAGCUGUUGAGGAGCAAGCUUUCAAGAGAGUUUUCAGACCGGGUCAACUGAAAGAAACCUACCUUGUUCGCAUCAUGGCGAACGACACCAUAGAUGAACGAAUCAUCUUGCUGCAAAACGCCAAAGAGGCGAUCAUAAAGGCUGCUCUUCAGGACAACGAAAUGCAACCCCACUUCUCAGGUGAUCUUCAGCUUCGAAUGCUGUUUUCCGAAAAGGAUGAGCAGACGCUGAUUAGCGAGAUGGAGAAGGAGACUCGCGCCAGACAGACGAAGCAGUAG